GAUAUCAGCACUCAUCCUUUUUUCUUUCUCUUUUCCUCUAACUGAUAUAUUUUGAGGACAAAGCUAAUAUUCAUUUCUGGGUAUGUAAAUAUGGCUAACCCACUAUAAAUACACCUUCUUGCUUUGAGUCCUGAGGCAUCAUCACCUCUCUUUUCUUCUUCAUCCCUUUUUCGUCUUCUUCUAGUUUUGUCUUUGGUUAAGGCUUAAAAAUGGAUGUAGUGAAGAUUGAUUACAACUACAAGGGUGACAAUGCAUUAAAAGAGCUCGAGAGGAUCACCUCGAAGGCUGCUGAAGUUCAAGAUAACAUUUUAUGUGGGAUCCUGGAACAAAACAAGGACGCACAGUACUUGAGCAAGUACAUGAAAGGCUCUAAGGACGUUCUGGAGUUUAAACGCUCUGUGCCAAUCAUCACGUACAAGGAUGUCUGUCCUUACAUUCAGAGAAUUGCAAAUGGAGAAGACUCUUCUCUUAUUACUGGUCAUCUUAUCACUGAGAUACUAUGCAGCUCAGGAACUUCUGGUGGAGAGCCGAAGCUAAUGCCAACCAUUUCGGAAGAUCUUGAUCGGCGCACCUUUGUCUACAAUCUUAUAAAUCCAAUCGCGAACAAGUAUCUAGAAGGACUUGACAAAGGAAAAACAAUGUACCUGAAUUUCGUGAAAGCAGAAACAUCAACUCCUUGUGGUUUACCAAUCCGAACUGUCCUCACCUCCUACUACAAGAGCAAACAUUUCCAGUGCCGACCUUACGAUCCAUUCAACGACUUAACCAGUCCCAUCCAAACCAUCCUUUGUGAAGACAGCAACCAAAGCAUGUACUGUCAGUUACUUGCCGCUCUUAUUCACCGUCACAAAGUCAUGCGUCUUGGAGCUGUCUUUGCCUCUGCGUUUCUCCGUGCAAUCUCUUAUCUCGAGCGAAAAUGGAGCCAGCUCUGCCAAAACAUCCGCACCGGUCAUCUCAGUCCUAUGAUCACUGAUCCAGGAUGCCAGAUGGCUAUGUCUUCCCUUUUAGCGUCGCCAAAUCCUGACUUAGCUGACGAGAUUGAAGAAAUCUGUGGACGCCCGUCGUGGAAAGGGAUUCUGUGUCAGCUCUGGCCUCAAGCAAAGUUCAUUGAAGCAGUAGUGACAGGCUCAAUGGCUCAAUACAUACCGGCGCUUGAGUUCUUUAGCCAAGGCAAGAUUCCGUUGGUUUGUCCAAUGUAUGCUUCCUCCGAGACUUACUUUGGAGUCAACGUGAAGCCACUCUCCAAGCCAUGUGACGUCGUUUUCACGCUCUUGCCCAACAUGUGCUAUUUCGAGUUCAUUCCUCUCGGCAAAAACGGAACUCUCUCUUUUGACGUAGAGGACGAAGAAGUCGUCCCCUGUGACAAAGUGGUUGACUUGGUCGACGUCAAACUCGGACGCUACUAUGAACUCGUCGUCACAACCUUCGCAGGACUGUACCGUUACAGAAUCGGCGAUGUCCUUCAAGUGGCAGGGUUCUACAACAAAGCACCACAGUUCAAGUUUAUCUGCAGGAGAAACGUGGUUCUAAGCAUCGACUUAGACAAAACCAACGAGGAAGAUCUUCACAGGAGCAUCACGCUGGCCAAGAAGAAGCUUGAAAACAAGGCAUUCCUCGCGGAGUACACGAGCUACGCGGAUACUUCAUCAGUGCCAGGUCACUACGUGCUUUUCUGGGAGAUCCAAUGGCUCGAACCUGAUGAUGAGGAGGAGAAGCUGCUGAUGGAAGAGUGCUGCAUUGCGGUUGAGGAAGAGCUGGAUUACAUAUACAGGCAAUGCAGGAAGAGAGAUAGAUCGGUGGGGCCUUUAGAGAUAAGAGUGGUGAAGGCAGGAACGUUCGAGAAGCUGAUGGAUAUGAUAAUAAGCCAAGGAGGAUCGCUUAAUCAGUACAAAACGCCGAGAUGUGUUAAGUCCAACAGUGCUAUGCUUAAGCUCUUGGACGGCCACGUUACCGGUUCCUUCUUUAGCCCUCGUGAUCCAACCUGGUCCGCUUGAUGUCGAACGUAUGUAUUGAUCGGAGAGACUAUAUAGUUUACUAAUCAGUAUUCGGUAAUAACCAAAUGGGAUCGGAUUUGCUGUAAUGCUAGCAGUAGCAGGCAUGUAAUGCUAGUACCUGAUUGAUAAAAAAAUGUUAUAAGAAACUUCAUUUACCGAGUUAUCUAUAUCUUAUAGUUCCUUUCA